AUGGAACACUAUUUUGACGACGAGGACGAAUUGCCUUCAAUUGUGCAAAUUUCAAGAAAGGAUUUUUCAGAAGAUGAGUUUGUUGUUGAUGAAUUCCUCACAAAGUUUCACAAGUACCAGACCCUGGAGGAUCUAGAAAACCAGCUCAAGUCAUGGGAUAAGGAGCUGGGUCAUGAACUGAUAGAUGUAAUAAACAAGGACUAUGGAGACUUUGUGGGACUGGGGAACUCACUUUCAGGUGGGGAAAACAAGAUACAAGACGUUAAAAUGAAUUUGCUAAGGUUUCAAACAGAAACAAAAAAAGUUAAAACUGAACUAGAGAAUGUGGUGGAGAAAACCAAUAAACUUAUCCAAGACAAGAAAGACUUGGUAUGGUUACAAGAUUUCUCUCGAGAGAUGAUUUUGUACUUGAAAAAGCUUGAAGAUAUAGAGAAAAGCGUUCAUGAUAAAACUGAGUCAGAUCUAGAGCAAAUCAGCGAAUUUGCCAAGCAAUACAUCCAUUUGAAACUAUUAGCUAGAGAUCUGGGUGUGAAAGCGGUGCAGAGAGAUGCCUUGACUGAGAGCAGAGCAAAUAAAUUAAAGCACAGCGGUACUCAUAACGACGAUAAUGUCAAUCAUAGCAUUCCCCCCAUACUUGAACAAAAACGGCCAAGACUGGCUAGGGUAAAAUCAACAAUCAUCGAGUUGGUUGACACAAGCAUUAAGAAGAAGUCUGGCACAGGAGAAGAGCAAUUGAGACUUGCAAUUCUCAAAGCAAAGCUCUUAGAAACCUACGAUUAG